AUGCACGACGCACGAUCAGCGUGCGCGGCUGGCAGCAGCGACCAUCAGCAAGAUGGGGAACCACCAGCGGCGGCGGCGACGGCGCCGGACCCGCCUUUGCUAGCUGGAGGGCCCCAUGCAGCAGAGCUUAUAGCAGCAGAGCGCCUAUCGCCAGAGCCACAGUUCAGAAUAGUCCGAGAGGAGGUGGUGCACCAGGGAGCCGUGCAUGAAUUUGAUGUGGCAGGGCACCCGCAGGCCGAGUUCCACUAUGCCGUGGUGUUCCCGUACCACCGCCAGGACAACACCGUCACACUAGUCCGCGAGUAUGCGCAGGGCCUGAACAGCAUGGUGUGGUGCCUGCCCACCGGCGCCUACGACCCUCGCAAGCAUGCCAGCUACGAGGCGUGCGCUCGCGCCGAGCUGAGCGAGGAGGCGCACCUGGCGGGCGGCGCUUGGGUCUCGCUCAUGCCAGACGGCCACCCGGGCAUCCCGGAGGUCAAGUGGUGCAGGAACCGCUUUCAUGCCUACCUGGUGCUGGACCCACAGCCUGAUGCGCAGCCGGGGGCGCGGGACAAGGAGGAAUACAUUCAGGCAUGUUUGCCGGGGGUGUGCCGUGUUGGGCUGCCGGAGCUGCGCAGCCUUAUGCUUGGAGGCGAGAUGCUGCUGCCCUCCAUCACGACCUGCUUCUGGGCCAUGGAGCGCAUCCAGGAGCUUCGGCAGCAAGGGCAGCAGGCGGGGCUUGGAUGA